GAAGCCCUAGUUGAAGCGGGCGGCGGCGGAGCGAACUCUUCACCCCCAUCCAAAACAAGGAAAUGGUGUCCGGUGUGGUGGGUCGGUGGCUGUGCGUCUAACGCUUCUGUGACCGCUGGUCCUGCCGCCGCAUCUUCCCUUCCUCCUCUCCUCCUCCCCUUCCAUGGGUGAGAGACAUGGACUACGAGUUCAAAUCCAAGCUGGCGGCCGAGCGCGAGCGGGUGGAGGAUUUGUUCGAGUACGAGGGUUGCAAAGUCGGGAGAGGCACCUACGGGCAUGUCUACAAAGCACGGCGCAAGGACGGAUUCCAUCGGGCUUCGUAUAUGGACAUCAAGCCUUGGAAGUAGCAGAAUAUUCAGCAGAAGAAAAGAUGAGAAGGAGUAUGCACUGAAGCAGAUUGAAGGUACAGGGAUAUCCAUGUCGGCAUGUAGAGAGAUAGCACUUUUGCGAGAACUGAAGCACCCUAAUGUGAUUGCAUUACAGAAGGUGUUCCUGUCUCACAGUGAUAGAAAGGUGUGGCUGCUGUUUGAUUAUGCUGAACAUGAUCUGUGGCAUAUUAUCAAGUUCCACCGUGCCUCAAAAGCUAACAAAAAACCCAUGCAGUUGCCAAGAUCUAUGGUCAAAUCACUACUUUAUCAGAUUCUUGAUGGAAUCCAUUAUCUUCAUGCAAACUGGGUGCUUCACAGAGACCUAAAACCAGCAAAUAUUCUGGUAAUGGGAGAAGGACCUGAAAGAGGAAGGGUCAAAAUAGCUGACAUGGGCUUUGCAAGGUUAUUCAAUUCUCCUCUGAAGCCACUGGCAGAUCUGGAUCCAGUUGUGGUAACCUUUUGGUACAGAGCCCCAGAACUGUUACUUGGCGCAAGGCACUAUACAAAGGCCAUUGAUAUAUGGGCUAUUGGCUGCAUAUUUGCAGAGCUAUUGACUUCCGAACCUAUCUUUCACUGUCGUCAGGAAGACAUUAAAACAAGCAAUCCUUUUCACCAUGAUCAACUUGAUCGCAUAUUCAGUGUAAUGGGAUUUCCUGCAGAUAAAGACUGGGAAGACAUAAGGAAAAUGCCGGAAUACCCUACACUUCAAAAAGACUUUAGGAGAACAACGUAUGCCAAUAGUAGCCUCAUAAAAUAUAUGGAAAAACACAAAGUGAAGCCUGACAGCAAAGUAUUCCUUUUGCUUCAAAAACUUCUCACUAUGGAUCCUACAAAAAGAAUUACCUCAGAGCAAGCUUUGCAGGAUCCCUAUUUCCAGGAAGACCCACUUCCUACAUCAGAUGUGUUUGCUGGCUGCCAGAUUCCUUAUCCGAAACGAGAAUUUCUUAAUGAGGAUGAACCUGAGGAAAAGGGGGAUAAGAAUCAGCAGCAGAACCAACAUCAGCAGCAAACAGCACCUCAACAACAGCAAGCAGCACCUCAACAGCAACAAAACAGUACCCAGACAAAUGGAACUGCAGGGGGAGGUGGAGCAGGAGGUGGUGGCCCUGUGGGAGGUCUCCAGCAUAGCCAGGACUCCAGCCUCAACCAGGUGCCUCCAAAUAAGAAACCACGUAUAGGGCCUUCAGGCACUAAUUCAGGCGGGCCUGUCAUGCCUUCAGAUUAUCAGCACUCCAGUUCACGCCUGAAUUACCAAAGCAACAUUCAGGGAUCUUCUCAGUCCCAGAGUACAAUGGGCUAUUCUACAUCAUCUCAGCAAAGUUCUCAGUACCAUCAAUCUCACCAGUCUCACCGGUACUGAAGAGGCCUCAUAGAGACUGCGUUGGAAAGAAAUGGACUAACAGUCAAAGGACUCCAGCAAUAUGAAGUUCAUAAACAGUGAGAAGAACCAAAAAUGCAAACUGUGAUGCAGAUUUUAAAAUUGCAAUUAUAAAAGAAAAACUUUUAUUUACUGAUGGUUUUCAGACAAGAGACAAUUCUUAUCCCUUUUUGCCAUAAAGGAGAUUCUUGUGAAGUUUCCCCUCAGCUUGCUCUCGCAUGCGUUCCAUUGUGGUUAUUUGAAUGAAACCAUCUGAUCUGAACCCAGCACUUAAUCAUCUUUAUCCUAUGGAAUUUUUGAAGGAUUCCUGCACCUUUCUUGUGUUUUAGUAAUUGUCAUAAAUCUAUCUUUCUUUUUUCAAAUCCCUUUA